UACAUCAAGCUGGUAUUCUCUCUUUCAUUUCUAUUUAAAAUAAUGUUGAUAUUAUAGCCACAAUGUUUUACUGUCUCCAUUCAAGACUGACCAUCUGAGGUGAUCAAGAGAAUCAAACAACGCAACAGAGUCGACUAUUAAUCAGUCUUUCCUAAUGAUGAAAUCAGGAGAUUCUCUGACACGGUGGCUGAACUCUGAUAUUUUCAUCGUGUUUGUGGUGUUGCUGUUGCUCCUAUUGCUGGUCAUCUUUGCUGUAUGCUGGCUCAUGAGACGACACCACACACAGAGACCAACAGAGAAAUUGGCUGAAAUAGAGAUUACUCCAACUGAUGAUGCAGACAUGGGGAACUCUGCCAGAUUCACCUUGAAGAUUGUGACUGAGCAGACACAUGCAACAGAGCUUGUGGAGAUGUUAACUCGUAGAGGUUGCUCUGUUGAGGCUUCAGAUCGCCAUAGUAAACCCUCUGGCUCUGCUGUUAAUGAUGAUGACAACGAUGAAGAUUACACUGAUGCGUUACAGAAUAUGUAAAUCAUUGUGUAGUU